AUGACGAAUCCUAGGACAACAGGAGCUGAAGCCAGUGGAAACAUUGCUGCUUCAACCCGCGAUUCAGCUACUGUCUCUGUGAACCGGAAGAAGCAAAAGAGACGUCAGAAGCAAGCGGCUCGCCUUGCCGCCGAGCAGACCUUGAGCAAUGGCGAUGCGCUCAAGGCCAGUUUCGUUGAAGUUGGACGUGUUCCGUCAAGCCAGACGAGCCGGCAGCAGCACCCAGCCUCUCAGAUUCAGCCCCUUCAAUCCGAACUUGACGAUGGCGGCAGCCAAGGCGACGAAGACCUGGAGGCCACCCACGCGGAAGACAUUGACGACUCCGAUGAUGACGAACCCAUCUAUCAUGACGCCGCGGGGGUAAACGGCGGUGGCUUCCAGACAAGCCAUAUGCUGGCGAGCGCUGGCAAGCGCUCCAAAAAGAAGAAGAAGAAUAAGCGGAGAUCGCACUCCGCUGCUGCUCCAGGCAGCGCUACUUCCAUAUCAACUCCAUCCGGCUCUCAAGCGCAUUUCCCACCACCGCCACCGCCGUUGCCGCUUGCAGCAUCCGCCCUCCGGUCUGCUCACAAGGAUCGCAUUUGGAAUACAUCGACACAGGAGGAACGGGAACGGAUCAAGGAUUUUUGGCUCUCCUUGGGCGAGGAUGAACGCCGAUCACUUGUCAAAGUAGAGAAGGAAGCCGUUUUACGGAAGAUGAAAGAGCAACAGAAGCAUUCAUGUAGCUGCACUGUCUGUGGCCGUAAGAGGACCGCUAUUGAGGAGGAACUGGAAGUUCUUUACGACGCCUACUACGAGGAACUUGAGCAGUACGCCAAUCAUCAGCAGACCCGCAUCGAGGACGGCGGCCCAAUGAUGCCACCCCCGAGACGGUAUGGCCACCCGAUUGGGCGCUUACCACCUGACCGAUUGCCCCCAUUGGUCCACCCGCCGCAUUCUUCUCACGGUCGAAUACGUGAACUAGGCGAUGAGGAAGACGACGAGGAAGCCGAAGAAGAUGAAUACAGUGACGAAGACGACGAAGAGUACAGUGACGAGGAACCAGAGGAGGAGCCUCGAGGACCCGCCGCCGACUUUUUCAACUUUGGCAACAGCCUAACAGUUCAAGGUGGAAUCUUAACUGUGGCAGAUGAUCUGCUGAAAAACGACGGGAAAAAAUUCAUCGAGAUGAUGGAACAGCUCGCUGAGCGCCGGAUGCAACGGGAAGAGGAAGCACAGUAUGCAGCUUCGGCAUUGUCUCACUCUUCCAUUGGCAUGCAGCAUUCUCACGCAGGGCAUAACCACGGACCUCUCCCUGAAGAGGAUGAAUAUGACGAUGAGGAUGAAGAGGAAUAUGACAGCCAAGAAGAGGAAGAGGACUAUGAUGACGACGAAAUGGAUACGAUGACAGAAGAACAGAGAAUGGAAGAAGGUCGGCGAAUGUUUCAGAUCUUCGCGGCUCGCAUGUUCGAGCAGAGAGUCCUCACGGCAUAUCGGGAGAAAGUGGCCCGAGAGCGACAACAGAAGCUCCUCGAAGAAUUAGAAGAGGAAUCGCGCCUUGAUGUUCAACGAGAAGCUAAGAAAGCGCGUGAGGCUCAAAAGAAAAAGGAUAAAAAACGACAGCAGAAGCUGGCAAAAGAAGAAGAGCGUACUCGAAAAGAAGCCGAAAAGGCGGCCGAGGAGGCAGCUGCAAAAGCACUCGAGGAGAAACGCCUUGAGGAGCAGCGCCAAAAGAAGGAGGAGCAACGGAAGAAGCGUGAGGCGGAACGAAAAUCACAGGAGGAAGAAAAGCAACGCAGGGAGGCGGAAAAGCAAAGACGUUUGCGGGAAGAGCGUGAACGCCAGGUGGAAGCUGAGCGAAAAGCGCGAGAACAAAAAGAGCGAGAAAAGAAAAAACGCGAAGAGGCCAAGAAGGAGCGAGCGGAACGCGAGGCUAAAGAAAAGGAAGCGCGCGCAAAGAAGGACCAAGAGGAACGGGAGCGCAAGGAGAGAGAAGCGAAGGCUAAGGCCGAGCAGGAAGCUCGGGAGAGACUUAGGAGGGAGGAAGAGGAGCAUGCCCGUCAAUCAGCGCAUGCGAUAUCAUCAGCACCUCCUCAACAGGCGCAAAAAAGAGCUUCUCAACCGGGCAACAUUCCCCUACCCCCCGGAUUGCAUCAUCCCCAUCAGCCUGCCGGCCUGCAAUCACCGCAUCCUCAAGUUGCCACUCCCGUUGUCCCUAAAGCCUCAACUCCAGUGCGACCACGCCAAAUGUCUCAACAAGGAUCACACGCCUCAUCUCCGAAGUCUACUCAGGGAAAUGCAGUUCCCACUCCUGGCACUCCGUCUAGCAAUCCUGUUCUCCAACAUCAAACUGGUCUUGGACCUAUUGGACCUCCUGGAAAGGCAACAACCCAACCUCCACCUUUGCAGCACUCCCAACCGUCAUCUCCCAUGCCUGUGCUAGGUGCUCCGCCAGGCAUUCAUCCCCAGCAAGCUCCAGGUUUCCCCAAUAUUUCACCGCUCGGCCUCGCCGGCUUCCCAGCGAGCCAAGCACCCCUAAUGCCCGGUCUUAGUCGAGGACCUCUUGGUCAUGAUGUACCUUUGUACCCCCAUCAACCAUCUCCAAUUGGUCCGCAAUACAGACCGUACAUGCCUCCAACUGGGGCAGGAAUUCCGCCUGGCGUUAACGGAAUGAUGAGGAUGCCUCAAGGACGUGGUCCGAUGGAUGCUGCUCAUGGUUUACCUCACCAGCUAUCAAAUAUCAUUGGCGGUUCAAAUGCAUCACCAGGAUACGGAAUGGCGAGAGACGCUAUGCCGACCCAUUCCCAUUCACGAGGGCCAUCUGCGUCAUUCGAUCGUUCCAGCUUCGAAAAUCCCCAUCCUGCCUUGACAGGUCUUCCAAUUGGUCGACCGGCUCCUAUCCAGCGACCCUCAAGUGUGGCACCGAACCAGCGAGGUGAAGAAGACAAGCCUAUCAAAUCCGAUAUUGACGACCUCAGCAGCGCUUUGGGCAGCAGCGCACUCUUGGACGACAGUGACGAGCCAUUCCCAGCAGAACCGGCCGACAAUCGGCGAGGAAGUGCCGCGCCCCCUGCUCCUCCGCGGGCGGCUAGUCUCAAUUUUGGCUCCUCGCCGUUAUUUGCCGAACCAGGCAAACUUGGAGGUUUCGGUUUUGGCAGCCAGAUGGGCGCCCGGCCCCAGUGGGGAUGGGGAGCUCCGACCUCUUCAUUUGGCACCACUGACUUGCCUGGCGCCGGCCUGUCAUCUAGUCUGCCUGGGUCAGGAUGGUCGAAUCCCUCGGCAUUUGGCUUGAUGGGCGCACAGCACCGGUCCAGCAAUUCACGGCCCGUAACUAUUCGUCUAAUGACGUGCCAAGCCUGCAAGCAACUUACGGCCAAUACCAAAGGUGGAGACGGGUUUCAUGAUGUCCAGGACGUCCUUGAACAGGUUAACCGGAGCCGACCUGGCCAUGAACCUCCCAUCCUGAUGAAAGACAUGCUCGACAUAUGUGAGACCGAAGGUGACUUGCAAAAUGGAGGCGGCUCCUUCAUCCUCAAAGAUGAAGGACCAGGAGAGGCUGGUAGUGGUGCUCGGCCACGCGUUCGAUACGAGGCCGAUACAGACUUGCCCUUUGGUGCCCGUCAACGGAGAAGCAUAGCUCCUGGCGAAAUAGGCAGUCCAAUUCCGGGCAAUAGCAUUCCUGCAUUUGGGGCGUCUUCGAGAGCUUUUUAA